CAACCAAACACCUCUUGUACAAGAUAAUUAAUCCACCAUUUAAUUUCUUUCAUGUACUGAAAGGAAAACAUCCUCCUUAAAAGAAGAAGACGAAGAAGAAGUAGUAGAGAUGACAUUAGUUUGGUCUCCAGAAACAGCUUCUAAAGCUUAUCUUGACACCAUACAAAUAUGUGGAAUAUCAAGUAAAACAACUGCUGCGGAAUUUUUAUCAGCCAUAGCUGCAGGAUAUAACGCAAAAUUAAUAGUUGAAGUACGGAGGAAACAAGAAAGUGGCAACGCAAAUAUCCCCACAAGCACAGGCCUGGCCAUCGCGGCGAAACACACACAUGGGAGGCAUGUAUGUGUCGUACCGGAUGAAGCAUCAAGAGUAGAAUACGUCAGCACCAUGCACAAGUUAUUGGCUGACGUGUCCUUGCCGGAAGUCGUGGUGGGAGAGGUGGAGGAGGUAAUGAGAAAAAAGCUGAUCAAUAGGGUUGAUUUUCUGAUUGUUGAUGGUGGGAAAAAAGACUUUGCCAGAGCUUUAAGUAGUGUUAAAUUGAGUCAACAUGGAGCAAUUUUGGUAUGUAAAAGUGAAAGCAAAAUGAAUAAUAUAAGUGUAAGCAGUAGGUUCAGCUGGAAAGGGGUGCUGGAUGACAAAGUAAAUGUUGUGAGAGCAAUAACACUUCCAUUUGGAAAUUAUGGAUUAGAGAUUGCUUAUAUAGCAAGCAGUAAUUAUGAUGGAAGUCUGAAGUCCAGAAAAAAUCCAAAGCAUUGGAUUAGGCAUGUUGAUCAAGACUCAGGUGAAGAACAUGUGUUCCGACGAUGAAUAUACAAAUGUCAAAUCUUGUUUAAUGUAUA